CAUUUCAUUGAACAGUAUGGAAAGUUCAUAAAUUAACAAAACAAACCGCCUGCAAAAACCAAUUUUUCAAUCUGUCAGUCUCGUAUUCGGACUGGUGGAGAAAUCCCUCUUUCCCAGAAAACGAAUCCAUUCGCAUGGUAGAGAACACUGGACGUCAUCUCCUUUGUCGCCAUUUCUAAUUGCCUUCACAUGGGGAUUCCACUAUGUUUUUUCCUUUCCCCCAUUCAAUUUGAUGUUCAUUUUCAUCUCUUUUCUUAUUUAAAUCCCAUUCCCUCUCAUUUCUCCUUACUCCACUGCCUAAUUUUCAUCUGGGGUUUCAGAAUUUUCCAACCAGGCAAAUGGGUCUCUUCCCAUUUGCUGUUCUUUUGCUCUCUUCCUUUUUUCUUUUGAGGCUUUGUUCGGUUUAUGGUAGAAUUCCUACCACCGUUGAAGGGCCGUUUAAGCCUGUGACUAUCCCACUUGAUAAGAGCUUCCGGGGUGUGGCCGAGGACUUGCCGGAAACUGAUCCGAGAGUUCAGAAAAAUGGGGGUCAGUUUCAGCCGGAGCAGAUUUCUGUUUCACUCUCUGUAGAUUAUGACUCCGUUUGGAUUUCUUGGAUUACAGGAGACUUUCAAAUUGGAGACGACAUUCAACCACUAGAUCCUGAAGGAGUUGCGAGUAUUGUCAUGUAUGGAAAGUUUAGAAUGGCAAUGGAUAACCGAGCAGAGGGUUAUUCUCUUAUCUACAAUCAACUUUAUCCCUUUGAAGGCCUCAGGAACUAUACUUCUGGAAUUAUACACCAUGUUCGUCUGACGGGAUUGGAGCCUGAUACUUUGUAUCAAUAUCAGUGUGGAGACCCUUCAGUUGCAGAAGAAAUGAGUGAUGUAUAUUUUUUCAGAACCAUGCCUGUUUCUGGGCCUAAGAGUUACCCUAAUAGAAUAGCAGUGGUUGGUGAUUUGGGUCUUACAUACAACACUACAUCAACAGUUAAUCAUAUUUUGAGUAAUCAUCCCGACCUUGUUCUAUUGAUUGGGGAUGUGAGUUAUGCCAACUUGUAUCUUACAAAUGGCACUGGCUCUGAUUGUUACUCUUGUUCUUUUCCCGAAACUCCUAUUCACGAAACUUAUCAGCCUCGUUGGGACUAUUGGGGAAGGUAUAUGCAGCCUCUAGUAUCUGAAGUUCCGUUGAUGGUGGUGGAAGGGAACCAUGAAAUAGAACCGCAAGCUGAAAAUCAAACAUUUGCAGCUUAUAGUUCCCGAUUUUCAUUCCCAUCCGUAGAGAGUAACUCUAAUUCGACAUUUUACUACUCUUUCAAUGCUGGUGGCAUUCAUUUUAUAAUGCUUGGUGCCUACAUUUUUUAUGACAAAUCAAGUGAUCAAUACAAAUGGCUAGAGCAAGACCUGGCUAAAGUUGACAGGAAAGUCACUCCAUGGUUGAUAGCUACAUGGCAUCCACCCUGGUACAGCACCUACACUGCUCAUUAUAGAGAAGCAGAGUGUAUGAAAAUGGCAAUGGAAGACUUGCUCUACAAGUAUAAAGUUGACAUAGUUUUCAACGGUCACGUUCAUGCCUAUGAGAGGUCAAAUAGAGUAUAUGACUACACUUUGGAUCGAUGUGGUCCUGUCUACAUAACAGUAGGCGAUGGAGGUAACCGAGAGAAAAUGGCAAUUGAACAUGCUGAUGAACCUGGAAACUGUCCAGACCCGUCCUCGACACCGGAUGAAUACAUGGGUGGCUUCUGUGCAUUCAAUUUCACAUCAGGCCCAGCUGAAGGAAAAUUCUGCUGGAAUCAGCAACCUGAUUAUAGCGCAUAUCGUGAAAGUAGUUUCGGCCAUGGCAUUUUGGAGGUGAAAAAUGAAACACAUGCGUUGUGGACUUGGCAUCGAAACCAGGACUCAUAUAAAUCAGUCGGGGAUAUAAUAUACAUUGUACGACAACCAGAAGUUUGUCUAAUUGAGCAGAAGGUACAUACAUACAGACAUGGAAAACAAGAAGAUAUGUGACAGUAGAACCAUGGUUCCUAUUUGAUGAAUGCAGCACACACAAACACAGAGAAUGGAGAAAAGGUAAGCUAAAUGAGGAGGUUCACAAUUAUACUUGGUUUCAUGAAUUGGGUUUUGUAUUUUUUUUUUUUGUAACUCUUCAUCAUUGAUGCUUCUAAAGGAACCAAUUCUGUUGGGGCAAUUGAUAGAUAUAUGAGGUUGUGAUUUGGCA